UUUAGCCAGACUGCAAAAAAUCUCUUAAUCAGAAGUCUUAUCUUGACCCCAAGCAUUCAUUUAUCUGCUGCUAUAAGAAGCUAAUGCUUUGCGACUUUGAGAGACUUGGGUUAAAGGAGAAAAAUACCAUAGCUAAACAGAGAGAAAAAGAGAGAGAUUCAUCAUGGCAACAAAGAUGAAUCCUACUGAUCAGAAGGGGAAGGAGAAGGAUGAUGAAGUUAAGCUUCCAGGGUUUCGAUUUCACCCAACAGACGAAGAACUUGUCGGAUUUUAUCUGCGGAGAAAGGUUGAGAAGAAACCUCUCAGUAUUGAAAUCAUCAAACAGGUUGAUAUCUACAAAUACGAUCCAUGGGAUCUUCCAAAAAUUAGCAGUGUGGGAGACAAAGAGUGGUAUUUCUUUUGCAUAAGAGGUAGAAAGUACAGAAACAGCAUAAGGCCAAACAGAGUGACAGGAUCGGGGUUUUGGAAGGCCACCGGAAUCGACAAGCCCAUCUAUUCUGCGAAACAACCCAUCUGCAUUGGCCUCAAGAAAUCCCUCGUCUACUAUCGAGGUAGCGCCGGUAAGGGCACCAAAACCGAUUGGAUGAUGCAUGAGUUUCGACUUCCACCAAUUGCCCAAGAAGCUGAAGUUUGGACACUUUGUCGAAUUUUCAAAAGAACCCCAUCAAACAAGAAGUACGCAGCAGCUGCAGCAGUUGCAAAUGCUUGGAAAUUAGAUGCCAGAAUCAAUCAAAAUGGAGCCGAUUCCAAAACAUGCAGCAGCCUGGAAGAUGACUCUGAAAAUAGUAAUGAGCAAUGCAUGACUUUUUGUGACUCGGUCCAACAAAAUGACAGCACACCGAAUAUUUUUAUGGACCAAGUUGAUGCAAGAAACUACUUCCUUUUGGGAGGUACUCCAUGGUCAUCCACCAAUUAUAUAGCACAACAGGCUCCAUUUUCAGCUACUAAUUACCCCAGCUUUUGGAAUCCGAAUGGCAACCUCGAUGUCUUUACCGAUGGAAAUUGGGAUGAGCUAAGACCUUUGGUUGAGCUAGCCCUUGAACCCUACCCCGGUCAUUCAGCCUUUGAUCGUACAUAG